CGACCCCAACCCCCUUUACGGCAGUCUAACCAGAAGUGUCGACGAAAUAUUGGAUGUUUGCAAACAGUUCAUGUCCCGGGAAGAAAAAAAACUAUAUUUCAGCAACGAAACAUGUAUAUUCGUGGAGGUUCGAGCAUAGGGUGACCUGUUCAUGAAUGGGAUCGACAUUGACAGCGAGUUAAGGAAGUCACGAUGUAAGAAAAAAGUCGCAAGUUUAAUCGGGAGCUACUUCACUUUGCCAGCUAACGUAAGCUAACCUUUACAUAACAAAGCCUGUCUGACAGGUUUGCUGAAUGCACAGCUUGCAUUAGACCAUGACUACGUGCUCAUUAUUACCGCAGGUGGCAGCCUAUCACGGUUAGCAUGGUUCACGUUUGAUAUCAAAGCUUCGUUAGCGAUUUGCAUAGUCGGUGUAGAAGUGUAGGCGCAACGUAUUGUAAGGACGGUAUUUGCAAACCGAUUGCAAAGUGAGGAAGUUCCGAGGAGUCAAACCUUCUAACGCACAAUGUGGCUCCAGCAAAGGUUAAAGGGUCUGCCGGGCUUGCUGUCGAGCAGCUGGGCAAGACGACUCCUCAUAGGACUUUUGCUGUUUCUGAUCUUCUACUGGUACCUGGGCGAAGACCGCGGCUUGAGGUUUUUCAGUAGUUCGGUUAAGUCCGGCGGAGUGGCGGGCCAGUGCCUACAGAACGAGAUCCACAGGUGGAAGUCGCUGGUCGAGCGAGGAGAGGGGAUCUACAGCACCGCUCAGGAGAGUGUGGACACACCCUUCGUAUCAGGUAACGGCCACAUUCUGGUCGACAUUGACUCUAACAAACUGUGGGUGGCCUCUUCCCCCCUGCCUGGCUCGGCUCCUGUCCACCAGACGGAGUACUCCCCGGUGGUAGCCGUCAGCCUGCCGGGGAAGCGGGCAGAGGCGCGGGCCACCAUGCUAUGGUUCCGGAAGGGCUCGGUCCUCUCGGUUCGCUGCCUCCUGCCCGCCACCUCGCAGUUGGCCCGGGACUGCCUCACCGUCCGGGAGGAGUUCAUCGCCCACCGCAGCCGGCCCAACGUCUACCUGCAGCGCAUCCACGUCAGCAACCCGUCUGAGCGUAGUGCCACGCUGGAGGUGGCGGUGGAGCCGCCCCCCUUCGGCAGCCGGUUCUCCUCCUCCGUGGAGAAGAUGGAGGACAAGGAGGUGAUCAUCUCGUCGGGACGCGUGCCGGUCCAGAAGAACCAGGUGGUGCUGGUCGUCGUGGCGACCACAAACCUGUCCGGCCGCAUCCAGGUGGCGGCGAAGUCGGACGCCCGGGAGAGCGUGCUGUCGGUGGUGUGGACCUCGGAGCCUGUGGAGGCGUCCAAGGCGGAGGAGACCUUCGGCCGGCUGCGGGACGGGGCCCGGAAGGAGCUGGCGGAGCUGCUCCGGGCCGACGUGGACAAGCUGGUCCUGGACCACCGGCAGGCCUGGCUGGAGCUCUUCAUCUCCGGGGUGGAGAUGAGGAAGAUCACGGACGCCCACACCCCCUCGAGCCGAACGGUCAACACCACCCUCUUCUACAUCCUCUCCAGCACGGCCGCGCCCCUGCUGGACCGGCGUCUGCCGGAGGAGGAGCGCGCCGCCCUGGAGUCCAGCCUCAACUACGCCGACCACUGCUUCAGCGGGCACGCCACCAUGCACGCCGAGAACCUGUGGCCCGAGCACCUGGGCAGCGCGGCGCAGAUCCUGCAGCUGGCCACGCUGUGGACCCUCACGCUGCAGAAGCGCGGCUGCAAGGUGCUGGUGGCGGCGGGCGCCCACGGCGUCAUGCAGGGCAUGGUGCUGAGCUUCGGCGGCCUGCAGUUCACCGAGAACCACCUGCAGUUCCAGGCGGACCCCGACGUGCUGCACAACAGCUACGCGCUGCGGGGCAUCCACUACAACCAGGACCUGAUCAACCUGGCGGUGCUGCUGGACGCCGUGGGCAAGCCCUUCCUGCACGUGUCGGUGAAGCCCCAGGAGAAGCCGGUGAAGCUGUACGCCUGCGAGGCGGGCUGCCUGAACGAGCCCGUGGAGCUGACCUCGGAGGUCAAGGGGCACGUGUUCCCCGUGAUGGUGACGCAGCCCAUCACGCCGCUGCUCUACAUCUCCACGGACCUCCGGCACCUGCAGGACCUGCGGCAGACGCUGCACCUCAAGGCCAUCCUGGCCCACGAGGAGCACAUGGCCAACCGCUACCCGGGGCUGCCCUUCCUCUUCUGGUUCAGCGUGGCGUCGCUCAUCACCCUCUUCCACCUCUUCCUCUUCAAGCUCAUCUACAACGAGUACUGCGGCCCGGGCGCCAAGCCCCUGUUCCGGAGCAAGGACGCCAGCAUUAAUGAGGAGGUUGCCGCUUAGCCGGAGACCCUAGCUCGUGGGUCCCCAGGUACUGCAGAUGGCCUCCCCGCCAACGCUGUAUCUCUGGGAAUACAUUUUAGAUCGGUGGUUGCUGGUCAAGCUGUGGGUCAUGGAUCCUUUAAAGCAGCGAUGAUUGAUAUGCUCUCCUCUGGCCCUUGUUGGGGGAAUUCGGAGGGGGGGGCGGCGGGAGUAACAAAGCCUGCAGAGCAAUUGGCCAUUUUGUGGCAUCAAAAUGGGCGUUGGCGUGCCGGUGUUCACGUGAUUCUAUUGGUUUCCGCAGGACGACCCAUCCGUGUGAAGGACGCUGGCCACCAUCGGGAUAGUGAGUGUUACUAGUGGGCUUCAGUCAAUAUGGAGGCAGAGGACGUUCAGAAUCAAUACUUUGAUAUCCAAGGGGCGGUGGUGCAUGGCCUAUAUUAAAACAAAACCAGUGAAUGGUUUCAUAAUUACUUGAUUGUUGUAAUGGUAAUGGAAAAAUUGUUGGGACUGGUGUAGGUGGGUAGCCAGUGAACAUGAAGAAUUCGUUUUAAAAAUGUUAACUUUUUCUGGGAAUGUUCUUUAAACAUUUGCACGGUCAUCCGUUCAGUUGGACAGUUAAAAUAUUAACUGUUGUUUAUUGUAUCAUGUGUUGAUAUGAAAGGCCACAAUACCUAGAAAGGGUCCGGGUAGGUAACUGCCCUCUCUUUGUGAAUGUCUCGUCCAAAAUCCAUAGUAAUUUAAAUUCUGUCUAUAUGAAGCUCAUGUAGCCAGGUUGAUUUGGGAAAAGUUAAAUUGACAACCCUUAUUUUGUGGGGGUUGAAUGUUUGUGCUUGCAUGUGUGUCUCAUUAAGUGUGUGUAGUGUUUUUGUUGAGGUUUCCAUGUUAACUUUUCACAUCAAUAUUCACCUUUCCUGGAUUGAGUUUUUGAGUGGUUUUAUGAUUUAUGUUUGCUUACAGAUUUCACCACAUUCACAUUGUUUCUUUUGUAGGCUAUUAAGGGCUUAAAUCUAUUCCUUUGUUUUUUACUACUGAAUGUGCCUUAUGUAAUUUAUUUUGAUCAUAUCUGCAGUCAGACCACACUGCUCUGAUAUAGCAUAAUGUGAUACUAAAGUACGUUUUCCAACUACACCAAGUUAAUGAACAUUGAAAUGUUCCGUUAAAAUGUGUAAAUAUUUAAUUAAUGCUAGGCCUUUUCUGAUGUUUCUGCAUUUUCGUGUGUCGAAAUCUGAAUCUGAUCAUAUGCAGUGGUGUUGAAGCAAUAAAGAUCUGAUUUUGAAUGUGA